AUGCAGAAUUUAUGCAAAGGGAUCCGAACUAGACCCCUCCUGGCCCAAAAGACCCCCCCCCGAAUGUGGCUGCUGCUGUUGCCUCAAUGAGCACGGGGAAGUUCAUUGAAACUGAAUGAGAUUGACUGUCUGAUCGAUUGUCCCCGUAGAUUUCUUUAUUCCACCGACAUUUCUUCUUUCUUCUCAGUCUCAUCCUCCUUUAUCUAUACAACUCUACACUGUUUCUCAAAUCAAAACGCAGUGCUUGAAACUCCCUUGAAUCUUACCGACCUUCGCCAAUACUUCUUCGUACCCUCAUCAUCUUUAAGCUCGGUGUUUCGGAACGAACGCCUGUCACACAAUCAUCAACCACCAUCCAACAUGUCGAACACCAUCAUUCUCACCAGCUCCGACAAUGUCGAGAUUCCUGUCGAUCGCGAAGUCGCUGAGCGAUCCAUUCUGAUCAAGAACAUGCUCGAGGAUGUUGGCGAUGCCGCUGCCAACGAGCCCAUUCCGAUUCCUAACGUCAACGAGGCCGUGCUGAAAAAGGUCAUCGAAUGGUGUGUUCACCACAAGGGUGAUCCGCCGGCAGCUGCCGAUGAUGAGACCGAGUCUCGCAAACGAACGACUGAGAUCGACGAGUGGGACCAGAAGUUUAUGCAAGUAGACCAGGAAAUGCUUUUUGAGAUCAUCCUCGCUGCCAACUACCUAGACAUCAAGGCUCUGCUUGACGUGGGCUGCAAGACCGUUGCCAACAUGAUCAAGGGCAAGUCACCCGAGGAGAUCCGUAAGACCUUCAACAUUACCAACGACUUUACGCCUGAGGAGGAGGAACAGAUCCGCCGCGAGAACGAAUGGGCCGAAGAGUAA